CUCUCCGUAGGUAGUUCACUUUGUGCGAAGCUGGCCUUCAAUUUAUGACAAACAUGAAGUUGCAAUUAGAUGGGGUCGCUUUGGUCACUGCCGCUGCAGGUGGAAUUGGUCGAGCCGUCGCCCUUCAGUUCGUCCACGAUGGGUGUACGAGUCUGGUGCUUUCUGACCUUAAGGCGGCCGAUUUGCAUGAAACAGUGGCUAUGGCCCUUGCGGUCAACGCAAACGCCUCAGUCAAAGCGUAUCCGGGAGAUGUGACCUCUGAAGACUUCGUGAAGGAUCUGGUAGGCUUUGUUCUUCAAGUCUUCGGCCGCUUGGACUAUGUAUCAAACGGAGUGGGCACCACUGGUGUCCCAGGUCCUACUCACGAGAUGGAAACGGCCAGCUAUGACCAGGUAUUGGAUAUAAACACAAAGUCGCUCUGGGUGUGUGAGAGGGAAGAGAUCAGGUCAAUGAUGGCACAGGAACCUCUUGACACCAGUUUCGGCCCAGCUCGAGGAGCAAUUGUAAAUGUCUCAUCAGUCAUGGGCAUACUGGCCUUACCGGACUGCGCGCCAUACAUCAUAUCAAAGCAUGGUGAGAACUCAGUCAUCACCAUUGAGCUUGAGAGAGCCAAAUUUUUGCUGAUUGACUAA